AUGCAAAAUAUUUUUGCCAAUGCCUACUGUACUAUUGCCGCAACCUCAGCACAUAACUGGAAAGAUGGCUUUCUCAAAUCCCAGUCAGGUUCCUUAGAUGGUGGAGCAAAAAGUACCUUGGCCUCCCCAGCUUGCCAAUGUCAUUUCGACAUAGACGUCGACGCAGGGCCUCUCAUGCAACGAGCUUGGGUUUUACAAGAACGAGUGCUGUCCCGGCGAACCAUUCAUUUUACUACGUCACAUGUGUAUUGCGAAUGUGGGGACGGGGUGAUUUGUGAACAGCUCACAAAACUUGAACCGCCGUUUCGGAAGGAAUACUUCAUCCUCGAUCCAUACUUCCCAAAUAGACUCCGGCGGAGUGGGUAUUAUCGUAUCGUCCAAUUUAUACAGUUUUUAUUCCAGAAAUAUUCGACAUCCGGUCUUACUGUUGAAACCGACAGGGUCAUUGCGAUUGGCAGCCUUAUUGAACGGAUGGAACAGGUAUUGCACAGUAAAGCGAAAUACGGGAUCUUCCGCUUUUGUUUAAGUUCUCUUCUUUUGUGGAAGCGGACGGACCAGCAGAAACCCCUGAUCCCGUACAAGGAUGAAGUGCCAUCAUGGUCUUGGAUGGCAUAUUCCGGGGGCAUUGAGUUUAUCUUGGAUUCAAACCCAAGUUUUCGGGUCCCACGCCUCGUAGACCUUGAUUAUGCCGAUGAUAGACCGGUACUAAAUGUUAAAGUGAGGAACUUUGGUGGAAAUUGCAAAAUGGGAAUUAAUAAGGAAAAGUAUGUUAUUUUGGAUGGAGAGGAAGAAGUAGGGUCUUUAUGGUUUGACAUGGCGGAUCAGAUCCGGUCUGAGGAUUGUAAUUGUGUUGUUGUUGGUGCCCUAGACGUGGACAUGGAAGACCAUAAGGUGGAAGACACGAGGAAAUGUUAUUACAUGAUCAUUGUACAGAAGGAAGACGGUGACAGGGGAUAUAAAAGGGUGGGAGUUGGGAUAGUGAGAGCGCAGUAUGUCUCCGAGGAGUGCAUUUCUAGCAUCCUUUGGUGA